AUGUAUAUUGUAUUGCAUAUUUACAGAACAAUGAGUGAGCGUUUGGAACCUGUUCCAGAGGUAGAUAAGAUCUCCUUUUCUGGAGAGGAGGAGAAGGUUCUAGAAUUGUGGAAGAAAUUGGAUGUUUUUCAUUCAUGUCUAAAACAGAGCAAGGAUCGAUCAAGAUUCACAUUUUAUGAUGGGCCUCCAUUUGCUACUGGUCUUCCUCAUUAUGGUCACAUCUUGGCUGGAACCAUAAAGGAUGUGGUGACGCGCUGGGCUCACCAAACUGGUCAUCAUGUAGAACGUCGCUUUGGUUGGGACACUCAUGGUCUGCCAGUGGAAUAUGAAAUUGAUAAAACACAUGGAAUUAAUGGCCCUGAGGAUGUUGCAAAGAUGGGGAUUAAGAAGUACAAUGAGUUGUGUCGUGGCAUUGUUAUGAGAUACGCCAGUGACUGGGAGACGAUUGUAUCUCGUUUAGGAAGAUGGAUUGAUUUCAGAAAUGACUACAAGACCCUCUAUCCUUGGUAUAUGGAAUCUAUCUGGUGGGUGUUUUCCGAGCUGUACCAAAAGGGUCUAGUGUACCGUGGCUUCAAGGUAAUGCCAUUCUCCACAGCUUGUUCUACUCCCUUGUCAAACUUUGAGUCUGGUCAGAAUUAUAAAGACACCCAAGAUCCAUCAGUUGUGAUCAAUUUCCCUAUACUGGACGAACCUGAAGUUGUUUUUGUGGCAUGGACAACCACCCCAUGGACUCUUCCCUCAAAUUUGGCAUUGUGUGUGAACCCAGAAAUGGACUAUGUCAAAGUUAAAGGCAAAAAAGAAUCUGAUGGAGCUUUCAAGGUUGUCUGUGAUUCAUAUGUAACAAGUGAAUCGGGCACAGGAGUGGUUCACCAAGCUCCCUACUUUGGUGAAGAUGAUUACCGAGUGUGUUUGAGUUAUGGUAUUAUAAAGCGUGACGAAGAACCAGUGUGUCCUGUUGACGAUGCUGGUCGCUUCGUCCUUCCAGUGACUGACUUUAAUGGCAUUCAUGUAAAGGAAGCGGAUCCAGAAAUCAUUAAGCUUUUGAGAUCUCGGGGAAGAUUGGUUCAGUCAGAUCGCAUUAACCACAGUUACCCAUUCUGUUGGCGAUCAGACACACCUCUGAUCUAUCGUGCUGUUCCCUCAUGGUUCAUUAGAGUAGAGCAAAUGCAAGAGAAGUUAUUAGCAUGUAAUGAGAGAACCUACUGGGUUCCCGGUUUUGUUAAAGAUAAAAGGUUUAUAGCUUUAUAUUGUGAAUGUGUAUAUAUUUCACUUCUACAGGUCCAUUAUCCUUUUGAGAAAAAACGUGAGUUUGAAGAUUGUUUUCCUGCCGAUUUCAUUGCUGAGGGCAUUGACCAAACGCGUGGGUGGUUUUACACGCUCCUAGUUAUUUCAACAGCACUUUUUGGAAAACCUCCAUUUAAGAAUCUAAUUGUUAAUGGACUGGUGCUGGCAGAAGAUGGCCAGAAAAUGAGCAAACGGAAAAAGAAUUACCCAGAUCCAAUUGAAGUUGUUAACAAAUAUGGUGCUGAUGCAUUAAGGCUUUACCUCACAAACAGUCCAUCAGUGCGUGGCGAGAAUCUGCGGUUUAAAGAGGCCGACGUAUUUAAUCUGCUCAAGGAAGUAUUCAUUCCAUGGCUCAAUGCUUACCGCUUCUUUGUGCAACAAGUGGAAAGGUACGAGAAGGAUGAAGAUGAGAAAUUUGAGUUUGAGGAAAGUGUAAUGGGCAAGUCUAACAAUGUGAUGGACCGGUGGAUUCUGUCAUUCACUCAGUCGCUUCUCAGCUUUGUGCACCAAGAAAUGGCUGCAUACCGUCUUUACACUGUGGCUCCCAGGCUUGUGAAAUUUGUUGAUAAUCUUACAAACUGGUAUGUCAGAUUUAACCGCAAGAGGCUUAAAGGAGACACUGGUAAAGAAGACUGUAUGAAUGCUCUGGAGACCUUGUACUCUGUGUUGUUGUGCAUUGUAAGAGUUAUGGCUCCAUUCACACCUUUCAUCACGGAAACUAUGUACCAAAACUUGAAGAGAGUUCUCAAACCUGGCACCCUUGGAAAGGGUGACACAAACUCGGUUCACUACUUAAUGGUGCCACAGCCAGUGGAAAAGCUAAUCUGUAGAGAGAUUGAAACUUGUGUGAACAUUCUACAAAGUGUUGUUGAAUUAGGUCGUUACCUGAGAGACAAACUCAACACCCCAGUGAAAUACCCAUUGCCGGAGGUAGUAGUCAUACACAAAGAUAAAGUAAUUCUUGAUGAUGUUCUAAGACUUGAAAAGUACAUUAAGGAAGAGCUGAAUGUUAAGACUGUAACAACAUCUACAGACAAGGAGAAGUAUGGAGUGACUCUGAGAGCAGACAUGAAUUUCAAAGUAUUGGGAGCAAGACUGAAAGGUGAUGUGAAAAACGUCCAGCAGAAAGUUGCUGAGCUUACUGAUGAAGAGAUUCAGCAAAUGCUUAAUUCUGGUUCAAUUACUAUUUUAGGACAUACUAUUGAUGCUUGUGAUC